CACACUCUAGUGGUUCUAGCUGACCAAACAUAACCAAUAAUUCCAGUAACAACUCUGUGUAGUCUUGUGCCCACUACUACAAUCCUUUCCUUUAAAUGCACCCAUUGCAUGGAUCCUAAUGGCUCACAACGAAGUCCUAAGCACAAACAAAUUACAUAGGCUAAUUUGGCAAACAGAUUUGGUUAUGAUGGCAGCACCAAGAUGUUUUAUUGUUUUACUCUUUGCUUUUGUAUUGUUUUCUACUGAAGUGAAGGCACUGAGCUCCAAUUACUACGACCAAACAUGCCCUAAUGCCGAGGCAACUAUCACCAAAGUUGUCAAGAAAGCUAUGUUGAAUGACAAGACAGUUCCAGCUGCUCUUUUAAGGAUGCACUUCCAUGAUUGUUUCGUUAGAGGGUGUGAUGGCUCAGUGCUGCUGAACUCGACAAGAAACAACAAAGCGGAGAAAGAUGGACCUCCUAACAUCUCAUUGCACGCAUUCUAUGUCAUCGAUGUUGUUAAGAAACAAAUCGAAGAUUUGUGCCCUGGAGUUGUCUCUUGUGCUGAUAUUGUGGCUCUCGCUGCUCGUGAUGCUGUUGCUCUU